AUGUCGAAAGCCUUUGCAAUCAUCGCAGGAGUAGGCCCAGGCACCGGCGCCUCUGUAGCCAGAAAAUUCGCCCUGAGCUAUCCCGUCGCCCUCCUCGCCCGCAACCCAGACAACUACACCUCUCUGGUCGACGAAAUCAACAAAUCAGGCGGAAAAGCCAUCGGCAUCUCCACCGACGUAUCCUCAUCCACCUCCAUCUCCUCCGCAAUUUCCGAAAUCAAAGAAAAAUACGGCGACAAGUGUGCUGCUGCUGUCUUCAAUGCUAGUGGCCCGUUUGCUAGAAAGAGUAUCUUGGAAUUGACGGAGAAGGAGUUUACAGGCGGUUAUGAGGUUUCUUGCAAGGGAGCUUUCUUGUUUUCGCAGCAGACGUUGCCGUUGUUGCUUGCUCAUACCAAUGAUGAGGGGGCCAAGUAUCCGGGAACUCUGAUCUUUACGGGUGCGACUGCGUCGGUUAAGUCGAAUGCUCUGAUGUCGGCUUUCAGUACUGGCAAGUACGCUAUGCGUGCGCUGUCGCAGAGCAUUGCGAGGGAGUUUGCGCCAAAGGGUGUGCAUGUUGCUCAUGCUAUCAUCGAUGGUGUCAUUGAUAUCCCAAGGACCAAGGAGUGGUUGAAGGAUAUGCCACCAGAGGCAAAGAUCGAGGCUGAUGCUAUCGCCGAAGCCUACUGGAAUCUGCACACACAGGGCAAGAGAUGUUUCACCAAUGAGAUUGAUAUCAGACCUAUGCUGGAGAAGUGGUAA